AUGACCAUGACUCUAGACGCCUCCCAACAGCAGCGCUUCGCGUCCCCUCUGCAAUUUGCCUACCCAUCGUCACACGGUCAACCUCCGGCCUUUUCAAACCCUUGGUCAUCAUCAAGCUCGCCUCAGAGUGCCCCCGCCGCGGGAAACCCUUUGUUCGUCGGUGGUCCUCAACAUUCGGCCAUCGGCUCCAGUGUCAUGGCAGCAAAAGGUCCCGCUACUCGAGCCGGCUCGAGCAGCGCAUCGUCCAUGGCAUCUUAUGGUUCCAUGUCCGUGUCCACGACAGGAGCAGAUCUGUUGAGCAUGAACAGGAUGACCACAUCCUCUGGGUAUGGCGAUGCCACAUAUGCAGCCUCUGCUUCCCCUGUCAGCGGCCCUUUCGCACCAGCCUCCACGGCCGCCUACGACACCAUUGGGUACGCACCAGCACCCAUAAGACAACCUGCGUUUGGCCUCGGCCCUGAAGCCGAUUCCGUUAGACGAGGCUUUCCACAACCCAUGUCCUGUCAAGCGGAUGAGCGCCGCAGCUUUGCUGACGCUCUCGAUGCCAGCCAUGGCAUGCUAGCCAUGAGCCAAGAAACCCCUCGAAACAUAUAUGGCACUCGGCAUGAUCGAUCGUCGGUGGAAUCAUACGGGUUCCCCUCGACGCAUUCCACGAGCUCGUCCAUCUCAUCCAGCGGCAACUUUGGCGCAUAUUACGGCGACUCCGUGUCGGAUUAUUCCUCGGCUGCUGGCUCCGACAUCGAAUCGGUACACUCGCGAACACUGCCCAGGCCACCAGGGCUCAUGGGAUCGCAACCACCUCCGGCGCCUCAGUCAAUGAUGGGUCAGUUCAGCUCAAAGAUAUCUUCGAGCACCCAGAAGAAGCACAAAUGCAAAGUCUGUGACAAGAGAUUCACUCGGCCAAGCUCUCUGCAGACGCACAUGUACAGCCACACGGGCGAGAAGCCAUUUGCUUGCGAGGUGGAAGGCUGCGGCAGACAUUUUUCAGUAGUAUCCAACCUACGUCGACACCGAAAAGUCCACCGAGGGGAUGCCCGCUCAGACGCAGGGUCAGAGUAUCAUCAAUCGGACUAG